AUGUAUCUACUUUCAGAUUUAAGAGACGCGAUUGGGUGGAAUCGUUUCAAUCUGCGUAUAGUUGGCAUCUGGCCGGAGCCGGCGAUGCUGCACGAACGUAUAGCAGAUCUUCGUGCAUUCGCGUCCGUCUUGUUUAUAAUGAUCUUUGCCACCAUAUGGCAAAGCGUGGAUCUGUUUAUGGUGAACAACGACCUCAGUCAGAUCACGUCGAUCUUGUCGCUGGCCAACAUACCAGCAUAUAAUUCGGCCAUUAAAUUACUUUUCGUCUGGUAUUAUAGAAAAGAUCUUCAACCGCUUAUGAAAUCAUUUUACGACGACUGGCACGCUCCGAAGACCGAGGAUGAAAGAAAGACGAUGGUGGACAGCGCUAAGCUCUGCAAAAAUUUAUCUAUCUGGUGCACCGUUUUGACACAAUCAAUGCUAGUCGCAUACGUCGGCACUCGGUCGUUCGCGAUAGCCACGUGCGACGUAAACGCGGUGCAAGAAGACCAUUUGACCAUCUAUCCGGCCUACUAUCCGUUCGACAUGCGACGAACGCCGUUUAGGGUGGCCGCAAACGUGGGCCAAGUAAUCGCUGCCUACUGCGCUCUCAUUCCGUACACUGCCGUUGACAUUUUCAUAGCCACCCUCGUGUUGCACACGUGCGGUCAGUUCACGAAUCUGAACAAAAGGCUGGCAAAGCUGAUGGAUGGCCGAAACGGGAUCAGAAAAUCCAGCGACAUCCGGGAGGAACUGGCUUCUAUAGUGAAGCGACACGAGCACUUGAACUGGGUUGCCGGAAGAAUUGACGGAUGCUUUAGCUUGCUGCUAUUCGUGCAGAUGCUACUCAGUACCGUCGAAAUAUGUUUCCAAGGAUUUCUAUUCUUCAAUGUGAUACUUAAAAGCAACGAUGGCAUGCUAAACUUUCAAAUGCUGUUUUUCGUGCUUUUCAUAUCGUUUAUUAUAGUGCAUAUGUACGUUUAUUGUUACGUGGGUGAAUUACUUCGUGUCCAAAGUAGCAACAUGGCUAUCGCUGCCUACGACACCAACUGGUACAACGUAGCACCGCCAGAAGCCAAAUGCCUUAUAUUCAUCAUGCUAAGAUCUAUGCGACCACUUUGUCUGACUGCAGGCAAAUUCGGUAUUUUUUCCAUGGAAAUGUUUAGCACCAUCCUAAGAACAGCGAUGGGCUAUCUGUCGGUACUCGUCACAGUGUCGAGCUUCGACGACUGAUCGCAUCCGUUGAACGCGAUCCCAGAGUCCCGUAGUUUGAAUCACUACGAUGCUAUUUACAAAAGUUCACUAACCCUCGCACGCAUUUACAAUGUUAGCUAUUGGCUCGGGUCUCUCUCUCUCUCUCUCUCUCUCUCCCUCUCUCUCUCUGCGCGAUGACAAACGAGAGUUCCCCUGGCAAAAACUGACCACCGAACUUUUAGUUCCACGCGCAUGUAUCUCUCCGUCCUUCGGGCCGUGCGGAAAGAGUUUUCGAAUAACAGGGUAGACCUCCUGGCGAACUUUCAGAUUGUGGCGAUUAGAACUUCCUAUCGGGGAAACGUUUUCGUGCGAGAGGCACGCGAAUGCGUAAUGAAGGUCAUCCCUGGUAACGGGUUACGCGCAAUCCGGCAGUUCAGUUCACGAAGUAUCCUUGGACAGUAACAAACCGCGGAUAGAUAGUAGAAAUCGUUCGAACACGUUUUAAACUUUAAAAAAAGGAGGAUCCUCUUCGUUGCGUUCGAAUUUAAUAAAACGUUCACCGAGAGCUGCCUUCUAUGAGACGAAUUUUUCAAAUAAAGCAUAGCUAAUUUCCUAUCGUGGGAUACUACAGUGUCGUUGUCGUUUCAUAGUCUUAGCAGGAUGGCUUCCCGAGCGUUGACGGAUUGUUCAUUGUUGUAUUAAUGGAAUAAUCUUGAUUAUCGUUUCGAGCAUUGAGAACAGUAAAAUCGAUUUAAUAUA